AUCGUUUCUUUUCACCACAAAAUUAACCUGAGGAGGGUUCCCCCAUUUAUUUCCUCCCCUCCCCCUCCUUCGAUUUCUUCUCCGGCCGACGGCGGCGGCGGUGGUGGUUGGAUUUACCGGCGAGAUAUAGCCAUGAGCUCCCGCCAUUUCCUCCCCCUCCCCGGAGACUAGCCGCCGGAAAACCCAUCCCCUCUCGUAGAAACCCUAUUUUUUUGCCCCGUACAUGGCAUCGGCAGUUUUGCCCAGCAGAAAUGAAUCCUAUUGGGGAGAACGCAAGGUUUAUAUGAGGAAAUACCAUACAAACAAACCUCAUUUCAAUAAUUUCAACCAAACAAACUCUAUCCUAAACCCUAGCCCUAACCCUAACAGAUACCCGACCUCAAAUCCCGCCCUAUCUAGACAGAUCCACGAGAACGGCACUACGCCUUAUCAUUGGAAGAAGCACGACGAGCCGGCGUCAAGGCCGUCUCCAGCGGAGAAUGGCCUCCGCAGGGAGUACCUGACGUUCAACCUGGCGGCGUACACGAGGGCCGAGCUGAGAGAGCUGGAGGGACGCUUGAGGUCGGAGCUGGAGCAGGUCCGGAACCUUAGGGCUCAGAUCGAGAACAGAUCCGCCGCCGCGUACGGCGGAGACACGGCUGCUCCUUCUCCCCGGCCGCCUCCGCUUCAGGUUGAUAUCCUAUCGGAACCAAAGGAAAGGCUUGUUACACCAAAGCCCACAGGGAAAAAGCGCGGGAUUCCGUUUGGUUCCGGCAGAGGCAGGAAACGGCAAAACACCGCUGUUUCGGACACGUCGCAAUUCGGCAAGCUGUUAACGACGACGAUGAAGAGGUGCAGCCAGAUAUUGGUUAAGUUGAUGAAGCACAAGUCCGGCUGGGUGUUCAACACGCCCGUCGACGCGGUCGCCUUAGGGCUCCACGACUACCACAGGGUCAUAACGGACCCGAUGGAUCUCGGGACGGUGAAGUCCAGGCUGGAUAAAAAGGAGUACAAGACCCCGCUGGACUUUGCCGGCGACGUCAGGCUGACGUUCGACAACGCCCGGAUGUACAACCCCAAGGGCUCGGACGUGUAUGUAAUGGCGGAGACUUUGGUUGCUCUGUUUGACAAGUUGUUCGGGCCGGCUUAUGCCAAGUUCGAGGACCAGCACCGGCUUCUGGCCGGCCCAAUGUUGUUGAAUUCGAAGGAAUCUGAGGCAAUGCGGAGUCGGGAGGAUUUGGGGAAUACGACGUCGGUUCAACAGGUUGUUGGGACGCCGAGGAAAUUGGCGAAGCCGAAGGCGAGGGAUCCGACUAAGCGGGGGAUGAGUUUUGAGGAGAAGGAGAGGUUAGGGUUAGGGUUGCAGGAGCUUCCGCCGGAGAAGAUGGGUGCGAUGCUGGAUAUUAUAAGGAGGAGGAACUCUCAGAUGACGCCCGAUGGGGACGAGAUCGAGCUCGACAUCGAGGCGCUGGAUGUGGAGACGUUGUGGGAGUUGGAUAGGUUUGUGUGUAAUCACAAGAACAAGACGAUGAAGCGACAAGGGGUUGCGAAUUCCAAGUUGGAACCGUUGAUAGAGCAGAUGCCGGAGGCGGGGGCAAUUCAGAAGGCCAAGAAGGGGUGUGAUGCAGGGGAGGAGGACGUUGAUAUCGGGGAAGAUAUUCCGGUCAACGUUUUCCCUCCGGUGGAGAUCGAAAAGGAUGAUGGUAGCAGCAGCUCGAGUUCAAGCAGUGAUUCGUCGUCUUCUAGUGGUUCGGAUUCGGGGAGUUCUUCGGGGAGUGACUCGGAGGAAGAUAGUGUACAGUCUCCGUUUGUCGAAUCGAAAGGAGUCGAGGCUCUGACCUAACAAAACCCUGGUUGAAGAUCUGUUUUUUGGUGGGGUGAUUCGAUUAACAAAAUCUGUUUGGUUCUUUUGUUCUUUGGAUGGUGCAGAUUUGGGGAUUAAUUAGGAGACUGAUGGAAGUUAGGAAUUUACUUGGUUAGCAGUUUAGAUUAGGACUGAUGAAGGGACAUAGUAGUGAUGUAAGUUAGAGGACUAGACUAGAGUAGUUUGGGGCCCCUGAUGGAAGAAGAAAAUGAAGGGGUUUUGUUUUGUGUAUGAAGUGAUACAGAGACAACACCACAUGGUUUUUUUGUUUGAAGUGGUUGAGAAGCAAUUCAGGAAUUUUGUGUACAGCUCAAGUCAUCAGAAACUCUAAUUGAAAUCCUGGGACUCUUUUGCCCCCCAGUGAUGGAUAAUGAUGAUACUAGCAAAUGGUCCUUUUCUCA